AGUUACAAUAUGUUUAGAGAUCACCGUUUUCCUCCAUCAAAUAUGCCUUACCCACCACCAUUUUCCCCACAUCUACCACCCCCACCUUUUACUAUGCCCCCUAUGCCUGGCUUUCAACAAUGGCCCCCUGGGCAACAUUCAACACAGCAACACUCUAUUCAAAGACCCUUUAUGCCAACCCCUCCGCCAAUUCCAGGAAGAGCUUCACCAUACGAAUAUUCCAGCCCUGUGCGAUUAACACCUCCAUCUCAACCUUGGAUGAAAGAUAAUAGAUCAAAUCUGACUAUGCAAUGGAAUUCUAAUCCUCAACAGCCAAAGCCUGCAAUGCCAAUGCAGUCACAAAACGAAACGGAUAAAAUCUGGCUGCAGAAUUUUGUUCACAAAUGCAAAAUGUCUUCUGAAUGUCAAGAUUCAUCAGUAAAAUCAAUGACAAUUUCUCAAGUUCGAGAUCUACAUGCAAAAGCUUGUGAGCUAACAAAUGAGCUAAAGGGUUUAUCGAGCACCAAUUUAGAUGAUCCAAGGACAUCUAUUGUAAAGGCAGAGCUGGAUAAGGUUUUGUCCAAACUCUCAGAUGAAGCCAUGGUGUCAAAUCUUUCAGAAAAAUUACGAAAACGAGCGAAGAAAAGACAGAAAAUGAAAGAAAAAAGAAAAUCAAAGUAUUUGGAAAAGCAACAAUUACAAGCUGAGCUGGAGCAAAAACAUAAGGAAUUCGAUGAAUGGGUCAGAAAACAAGCUGAAUUAGAACAAAGACAAAAACGAGAAAAAGAAGUACAAAAACAGCUGGACAAGCAUUUACAAGAAAUUUCUCAAAGUAAAGAGAAGUUGAAAAAAUCCCUUGAAAUGAUAAAUGCUUUGGGAAAACUUCGAAAAGUAAGAAAAGAAUCGGCUAUUCAGAAAGGACAUCAACAAGCAUCAGAAACUCAUGAUAAAGUUUUUUCAAAUGCACAUUCAGAAGCUAAAGAAUAUAUUGUGUGUACUUUAGCUAAAUUUAAUCAGGAAGAAAAGUCAUUGAGAAGUUUUCUGGAAGAAGAACAAAAGAAAGAGGAAGAUAAAAUUAAAAAACAAAAAUCAAAAGUUGAAGAGGAGAAACAUAAUGAUUGGAACAAACAUCGUUGGGAAGUCUUGUUCGGAACGCAUGAUCAACUGAAUGCUUUUGAUUCAAUGUGGCCAAUACAAGAAUUACACAAACAAGCGAGUUCAACGUUAUUUGCGCUGACAAACACCAGGCAACAAUGGGACCAAUUCAUUUCUAGCUCUGGUACCAGAAUACCUACAAAAUGGUUGGAGCCUCCAGUUUCAACAGAUGAUGGUUGGAAUAGUUACCUUGAUGAUGACUCUUGAUUCUACAUCGAUUAUACUAUAUCCUUUGUACUAUCCAUGGGUUCAGUGGAUAAUAGUAUAGAAUAAAUUACAUCCAUGCGUUAGGUAUUAAAAAAAUUUAAGCCGUUUAUUUGAAGUACAACUUUAUAGUGGUGUUCAAAUGAGAAUGGAAAGAAUUCAGAUUGUGUGACUGAAUGUUUGCUUCACGGAGUGCAAGAAAAUAAUCACUACAGAGCCAUUAUAUAUGUAUUUGGACUUGGGACAAGUGAUGUGACCUAAGAAUAAUUUUAAACUCCUGGAAGGAGUGUGUGGUACUGAUUUUUAGAAUGUUAUGAGGACGGGGAGAAAAAUUAUUUCCAUUUUUGGGUUUUAUUUCAAACGUUUUAAAAUUUAUGAGGGAGUUCAAAAAAAAUUAAUAUUUACGGUAAUUAAUUUCGAAUCUUGGACUACUUUGCAUAUUAUUUUAUCCAAUCUAUUAACUCAGGUCUUCAAUUCAUUCAUACUGCCAUUAUUUUUUUCACUAAAUCAUUUUAACAGCGUUUUGUUUUAUUUUUACAUAAAGUAUUCAGAAUGCAUGCAACUGGGUGAAGAAAGACGAAUAACAACUGUUCAAAGGACAUGCUCAUUGCAUUGUACUGGUCUAAAAACGAUCUAAGGCAACAAAUCAUUCUGUGUACUUUUAACAAAAUCAUGACAACGAAUGCCAGUCCAUUGAAAUUCAACUGAAUUAUAGUUAAUAUAUUGC